CCCUGGCGGGGAGUGGGCGGAGAUUCCAGCUGGAAGCAAACCGAGAAAGCAACGCUCAAAUCUAGAAAGGAAAAUCACAGUUGAGCGUAGGUUUGUUCAUCUAAUUUGGGACGGGAUUAUUUCCUCUUUUAGUGAUCUUUGGGUGGAUUUGAAAGGAGAGGUGGCAUGAAGUCCACGCUGAAGUGUGAGAGCAGUUGUCAGCUGAUGGUAGAGUAGACGUGGAAGGCUACAGAGGCGUCAGACACCGAAGCCUGAGUUAGGAGAGCAGAUCAACAGGACGGUGCAGAGCGCUGACUCUCACACUUGAAGACAAUGGAACUGCUGUCCCUCACCUCACACGGAUCCUUCACUGUGAUGAGCCCUAAACCCGCGUGUCCGUGGAUGUGAAAUGGUCUAAACACGCCACACUGUUUUGAUUUGCACGGAUCAGCUGGACUUAUUCUGGUGAGCGCGCUGAUGGGAGAGUAACACAGCGCCAUCGGUUCCUGAAGAGAUACGAAACCGGUGUUUCCCGAAACCUCUAAAAACACCAACAGGGAUACCAUGUGGAAUCUCGGGACGUGGAUGUGGCAGGCGGCUCUAUGCUGCAUGCUUCUGCAAACAGUGCUGCCCAGUGCCAGAGGUCUCAACAUGUGCAUGAGUGGCAGUGCUACUUCCUGUGAAGAAUGCCUCCUGAUUCACCCCAGUUGCGCCUGGUGCGCACAAGAGGAUUUUGGAAGGGGGCGCAGUCUGACAUCACGGUGUGACUUUAGUCAAAACCUGUUGAAGAGAGGCUGUGACGAACACUUCAUUGAAUACCUAACCAGCAGCAUCAACGUCCUGCAGAACAUACCCCUGAGUUCAAAAGGGUCUGGGUCGACCCAGUAUGAUGUGGUCCAGAUUAUGCCACAGAAGAUCUCUCUCAGCCUGCGUCCCGGAGACCAGACGUGGUUCAGCCUGCAGGUGCGGCAGGUGGAGGACUACCCGGUGGAUCUCUACUACCUGAUGGACCUCUCUCUUUCAAUGAAAGAUGAUCUGGACACCAUUCGCAACCUGGGCACUAAGCUAGCCCACGAGAUGGGCAAGCUCACCAGCAAUUUCAGGCUAGGCUUCGGCUCAUUUGUGGACAAAAACAUGUCCCCGUUCUCCUACAUGGCACCAAAGUACCAGGAGAACCCAUGCAACGGGUACAAGCUGUUUCCCAACUGUGUCCCCAGCUUUGGUUUCCGCCACAUCCUCUCGCUGACUGACAAAGUGGACCGUUUUAACGAGGAGGUGCAGAAGCAGAUGGUAUCCCGCAAUAGAGACGCACCGGAGGGCGGCUUUGACGCCAUCCUUCAGGCUGCUGUUUGUAAGGAAAAAAUAGGCUGGAGGAAAGAGGCCUAUCACCUACUGGUGUUCGCCACAGACGAUGUACCUCACCUCGCUCUGGACGGCAGGCUCGGUGGUCUUGUUCAUCCCCACGACGGACAGUGUCACCUCAAUGACAACAACGAGUACAGCGCUUCCACAAAGAUGGACUAUCCUUCUCUGGCUCUUCUCGGGGAGAAACUGGCAGAAAACAACAUCUUUCUCAUCUUUGCUGUGACGAAAAGGCUGUACGUGAUCUACAAGGAUUUUACUGCACUCAUCCCAGGAACCACAGUAGAAAUCCUUGAUCAGGAUUCCAAGAAUGUCAUCCAGCUGAUUAUCGCAGCCUACAACAACAUCCGUUCUAAAGUGGAACUGUCAGUGUGGGACCACCCAGAGGACCUCAGCCUUUCCUUCACUGCCACCUGUCAGGAUGGAAACCCACUGCCAGGCCUCAGGAAGUGUGCUGACCUGAAGAUAGGAGACACUGUCUCGUUCAACGUCAGUGUGGAGGCGAGGAGCUGUCCUCCCCGUGGGACUGACCACAGAUUCACAAUCAAGCCUGUGGGCUUUAAAGACCGCCUGGAAGUGGCCGUGGAUUACGAGUGUGACUGCGGCUGCAGCCGGAAUGCACAAAACAAUAGCAUCAUCUGCAGCUCGAUAGGUACUUAUAACUGUGGGACUUGCCAAUGUGAGCCCGGCUACCUGGGUGCCCGCUGUGAAUGCCAGGAGGGUGAGACAAGCAACAUGUUUCUCAGUGCCUGCCGGGAAUCCGAGGGCAAACAGAUCUGCAGUGGACGAGGCGAGUGCAGCUGCAACCAGUGCCUGUGCUAUGAAUCGGAGUUCGGAAAGAUCUACGGCAGCUUCUGCGAGUGCGACGACUUCUCCUGUGCUCGACACAAAGGCAUCCUCUGCUCAGGUCAUGGUGAGUGUCACUGUGGAGAGUGUAAAUGCCACGCCGGUUACAUUGGCGACAACUGUAACUGCUCGACGGAGACAUCGGGCUGCAUUUCAGAUGACGGGCAGAUGUGCAGCGGGCGAGGCAGCUGCGUGUGCGGCCGCUGUCAGUGCACUGAGCCUGGAGCCUUUGGAGAAACCUGCGAAAAAUGCCCCACUUGCCCCGAUGCCUGCGGCACAAAGAGGGAGUGCAUCGAGUGCCGGCUUUUCAAUUCUGGAAGGCUUGCGGACAAUGAGACUUGCCAGCGACAGUGCAAGGAUCACAUCAUCACUGUGGAGACUCUCAAAACCGACGAGCCCGGCGCUGUGCUUUGUUUGUACAAGACAGACGACGAUUGUGUCAUGAAGUUCACAUAUUCUGAGCACGCCAGCGGACAAUCUAUACUCUCAGCUCUUAAAGAGCCAGAGUGCGUCAGGGGACCAGAUGCCCUGAUGGUGCUGCUGGCAGUGGUUGGGAGCAUCUUGCUGGUAGGACUGUUGCUGCUCGCCGCCUGGAAGCUGGUCAUCACUAUUCACGACCGGCGUGAGUUUGCCCGCUUUCAGAGCGCGCGCUCGCGUGCCCGAUAUGAAAUGGCCUCCAACCCUCUGUACAAGCACCCCAUCUCUACACAUUUUGUGGAAACAGAUUUCAGCAUGUACGGCAAGUCCUACAACGGAGGGCUGCACUGAUCCCUCAGUACAGGGCGCGGCGGGACCGGUCCAACAAGCAGAUCAAGGCGAUGUGCCUGAGGUGGAUGGUGGACUGAGCACACUCACCCGUCUGCACAGUGCACACCCACAGCGAUGGCAGAAGAGAAAUGACUUAAAGUGUGUUCAAAGAGAAGUCUGUGGCCUUUUUUGUUUUAUUUUCACCCAGGAGAUUCAAACCUCCUGUGUCUGUGCUUCACCGAACAAAUUAACACCACCCUCGUCGCGAUCAGGAGACAGUGAUUAAGGUUAGAAGUGAGCUCGUCUGCAGUUACUCAUCAUAGACCAACUUAUGGAAACCAUAACUCCAGCCACAUAAAAGCGCCGCUCAUUCUGUACAGAUCAGGCAAGACAUUGGCUUCUCUUUGUAUAUUUUUAUAGGCGUUGAAGAUGCAUUUGUAGCACAGACUGCGCACCCAGCAGGACUCUGAGCUGCAGAUGAUUCCAAUUCACAUGAUUCUUAAAAAGCACAUAUUUCUGAGGGGGCCGGGGCUAUUAAAAUGUUUUGGUACUACUAACUUUUACUAAGCAACAGACUUCUUACCUUCAUUUUGCACAGAGGUUAUUGAGUCAAGUCUUGGAAAGAUUUAAAUAGUUUUUUUUAAUGUCUUAAGUGUGUGUGUGUGUGUAUGCGUGCGUGCGUGCGUGUGUGUGUUGUUCUGUGCUCCAAUUGCACUCAGUUGCAGGGUACAAACUCACCCCUCAGCAUCUGAACACUGACGUUUGAGUCUGGUGUUGCUCUGUAACAAGAAAAGGACAAAUCUGGCAACAUUUUGGUCUGUUUCUAGAGAUGUCCUGGCCUCCUUACCACCUCUGAGACACUGCUACAAAACAUUCCCAAACAUUUAGCUUUCUUUAAAUGUACAACUAAAUAAAUAACAUGCAUUACAUUCUAUACGUUAAAACACAUUCAGCAGGGGUCAGCAAGUAUUCAAUCAUGGGCUCUUUAGUUAUAUACCAUAUAUAUUAUGGGUUCAUUUUUUAUAUGGGUUCAAUUAUUAACUUCCUUGAAUAUAGGCAGGACUGGAUUUAAUGUGGUUAUGUUUAUUGAUAUAAGCCCAGUGUUAAUAUUUUUAAACACAACUAUUAAACCUCAUCUUGUGUCGGGGAGGCUGAAUGGCCAGACUUUGCCCCUGAGUCACCAUUAGCCUGCCCAGUUUAUUUUAUGUUGUAAAAUAAAUGAGUGUUAAUAAAUUAAUAAGCUUAGUAUUGGGAGGUCACGGGUCAAGGUCAGUCUGACGGUAAUACCAGUCCACAUCAGUUCAUCUAUCUUAUUGGCCAAUCUGAAGUGCUGCUGCCACUUCAAGCUGUUUUGCAACCCACCUCAGCUCCUCUUUAUCAUGUAUGUCAUUUGUACCCGGUCACAUUUUGGACAGAGAAGACAGAUGGUUUGAAAGAGGAGUAAAAGAAGCCAUCUACGUGCACUGUGAGCGACCAUCUUCGAACAGAGGUGGGCAGUGGUUUACGACACCAACUGUCUGCCAUCUAUAAUCCAGUUUUGAGAUCCCUUCCCAGACGUCUUAACGCCCACUCACAUCCUGGGCCUUUUGACCUCAGGAAAUCACAUGAUAGGGUGGGGCUAGGACUCGCAGUGAGUUCACCCUUUCCUAGCUCCUUAGUCUACGCUGACCUGGACGACUGAGAACCUUCACAGACAUGCCUGGUUCAGUAUCUUGCUUCUGCUCUUCCUGCUAUUUAGGCUUUCCAUGUAUGACAACGAGAGGGUGGGAGGUACCAGAGUCAUGCCACCAAAUCCAACCUCCUGCAGAUAAUUUGGAUAAAGUGUUCCUUACACAAUUAUCUUUUUGACUGUUUAGACAAAACAAGCAGCAAUAUAAUGAUGUCACUGUUACUAACUAAUAAAGUGCUAGAAUUCCAUUCACCAAAUAUGAAGCACAAUCUUCUUGGAAAUAUUGUCAGAUAAUUUUACUGAAAAGCCUUAACAAAAUCCAAAUUGGUAAGUUAAAUAGGAUACACUUUCACCCAUCAUCUAUUUUGAUUCUUUCAGUGUGGUUUCAUUUUUCAGUCUUUGAAUAUGCCGCUGAGUUGAAUAAGAUGUAUAUUUGGCUCUUAAUAUGCUGAAAAAAAACAUAUUAUUAAUUAUAAUCAACAGUGUCUUUUUAAAUGUAUUGACAGUAAGGAAAAUCUCAAACAUCACCAGCCUCUGAUUCUCUAAAACCAGCUCCCAAACACAGGGUUAGGGGUCUGAGCUGUGUAAAAUAGCCAGCAGUGUGGUGAUGACGUUCUCAACGGUUACAUUCACAUGCAGUGGAGACACAGAUCAGUGUGACUGUGACAUGUGCAGUGCUGUGUUAAUGUGGAUUUGGGCACAUAAUAUGACUGGCUUAUAGUAUGACGCUGUGUCCACCCUGCCAGCUGUGGGAGUGGGUGGAAGCAAAGUGUCCAGGGUCAUAAAUCAGCAGUCGUCGUUCCCACAGGAAGAAGCUCUGUCUGAAUCGUCAGAGGGAAAGCCGGACGUGUAGGGAGGGGUGAGCCUGGGGGAAGAAGGUGCUCUUUGGGCUUUUUGGUAACAUUCUUAAGUGUAAGUGGCAGGAACUUGGAGUUGGUGUGUGUGAGUGAGUGAUGAGUGUUUGUUAAUAAUAUUGCAUGUGGGCAUACGGGGCUAAAAGUGCCGUGCAGUUUUCACUUGGCUCGGGUGUGCUUCUUGGCACAGCUGACUGAAGCUCUCCCACCCCUACCUUUUCCAGCUCCUCCUCUUUGUACAGCCCUGAACAUUUACACAUGGAAAAACAGGACUCGCAGCACUCCCUGUAACACUGCACGCACACACAGCAAAACAAUAAAUCUGCUUUUGUCAAAACUC